AUGGCUGACGUCGAACUCGACCGAGCUCUCUUUUCCCAAUCUGCUGGUAAAACAGUCCUAGUAACUGGGGCAGCGCGGGGGAUCGGGGCCGCAACCGCAAUCCUAUUCAACUCCCAUGGUGCCUAUGUCGUCCUCGCCGAUCUCCCCCAACUGCGAGACAGCUCCGAGGAAGUUAUUCAGAAGCAGAUGAAAUACCCAAACCGCGCAAUAUUCGUAUCUACCAAUAUCAUCAACUGGGCAGAGCUUACAGCAUGCUUCGAAGAGGCAAUCACCAUCUUCGGCAAGGUGGACAUCGUAAUAGCUAACGCGGGUAUCAUGGAAUCCGAGUCUGUCCUAGACAUGGAAAAAGUGGACGAGAAUGGACGUCUCCUCGAGAGUCUAGAAGCGGGGAGGGUUAUUGAUGUUAAUCUUAAGGGAACAUUGAACACUCUCCGCUUAGGAUUGCACUACAUGAGAUCCUCCACGUCUACCACUACAACCCCCCAACCACCAAAGUCGAUCUUGCUAGUUGGGUCCACGUCCAGUUAUUUUGGCGGCACCGGUGUAGCUGCCUACAUCGCGUCGAAGCACGGUGUCCUGGGUCUCCUCCGAGCAUGUCAGGGUGUUGCGCGCGGGCAUGGUGUCCGGGUGAAUACUGUGGCUCCCUUUUUAACACCGACUCAUAUCACCGCGGGCUUUGCGCACAAGUGGGAUGAGGCAGGCCUUGAGAAAAAUACUCCAGAGGGAGUUGCCGGUGCAAUUGCAGUUGUGGCUUUGGAUGAAAAAAGGCAGGGGAAUUGUGUUUUGGUUGCUGGUAAGUAUCUCCGGGAGCUUGAGGAGCCCAGGACAAGGCUCUUGCCUAAGUGGUUGGGGGAGGAUCUUACUGCAUUUAUGAGUCAGGCUAUGCAGUUCUUUGUUAGUAUUGGGGGAUAUGUGUUGCCGAGGAAGUACUAG